AUGGACCCCGUCAUUAUAACGCCGGACGAAGUAGCUGAGGCGGUCCGAAGGGCCCCGAACUGGAAAAGUCCGGGGCUCGACGGGCUGCAUCACUACUGGCUGAAGGGGUUCGUGGUGUGUCACGCUGUGCUCGCCCGACAAUUUCAAGAGGCUCUCGACCAAAAGUCGCUCCCGAGCCUCUUCACUACUGGGAUCACUCAUUUGGUUCCUAAAGACCGGGAUACCAUAGACCCGAGCAAAUACCGCCCCAUCACGUGUCUACCCACGAUAUAUAAGACACUAACAUCCAUUUUGAGCGCGAGAAUCACUCGUCACCUGAACUCAAAUCAGGUGAUGUCGCGCGCUCAAAAUGGAUGUCGGGGCGGUGGUCGUGGAACCAAGGAACCACUCCUCAUUGACGCGGUCAUUGGCAAAGUGGUUAAACGCAACCGUCGGAACCUAUCCGCCGCCUGGAUAGACUACAAAAAGGCAUUCGACUCGGUGCCUCAUACAUGGCUGGAGAGGGUCCUCGAGCUGUACAAGGUUGACUGUACAGUUAGAGACUUCCUUGGGCAGUGUAUGGGGCAGUGGAGUACGAUUCUUUGUCAUCUAGGCGAGCGGAUGACGGCUGCGGAGAACCACAUAAGGAUAAGAAGGGGUAUCUUCCAGGGCGAUUGUCUGAGUCCAAUCUGGUUCUGCCUCUCUCUGAACCCUCUCAGUACCUUACUGGAGGGCUCCGGGAGGGGAUUUCAGCUUCGGAGGGGAGGUACAAAAGUGACCCACCUUUUCUAUAUGGAUGAUCUCAAGUUAUUCGCCUCCAGUCGCUCUCAUCUUAUGGAAUUGCUAAACAUCACUUGUGAUUUUAGCAAUUCUAUUAGAAUGGAGCUGGGGACGGAUAAGUGUGCGGUCCUCCAUGUUGAAAGGGGAAGGGUUGCUAACUCUGAGGGCAUAGAUUUAUCUAUGCCCAUCAACAUAAGGACCCUUUCCGAGGCUGAAACAUACCGAUACCUGGGUAUGUCACAGAACAUCGGUGUAGAUGAGGCGGGUAUGAAACAGUCAGUUUGCGAUGUGUUUUAUGCACGCUUGACCAAAGUGGACUCAGACCGAACUAAACGCUCUGGACAGAAAAGUCCGCACUAUAAUGACGUCCCACAGGAUGCAUCAUCCGAGAUCGUCAGUAAUGAGGCUGUACUUGCCGCGGAAGCAUGGCGGGCGCGGCUUUUUAAGCGCGCUUACCAUGCAUAA